AUGGAUGAGAACGUUCCGAACAGGUGGCUUCGCGAUGAUCUUUCCAAAAUGCUCCAAAGCAAACCGCUCCCCGAUCUGCGGUCCUUCUUGUGGAGUGCUCUGACCGUUGAUCUCCUCCCGCCCUCUGGGUUAGGUGAAAUCCUCCCGCCCUCUGAGUUUGGUGAAACGACUUCCAUUCCAGUACUGAAGCAACGGUCCUACACUGCUAAUACACUCGCCAUACCAUCCACUCUUGCCGACACUCUCUGCACCGACCUCGGCAUGGAGGGAUUCUUGACGAAGCUCAACACCACCUUCGUACUGCCAUACACUUUGUUCCCUCCGUGGAUAUACUCCGUACUUGAGGACUGCAUCUCGAAAAACUAUGACUUUGGGACUGCGUUUGCUCAUCUCUGCUUAUUUUGGCACAACCCGACAUUGAGGACUAUUCCUUGA